AUAUCUAUCUAGUGCUUCAAAUAUCUAAAGCACUUUUUGCACACUCAGACUUCACUUUUUAGUUGAGUCACCACCACAUCUCUGAAAAAGUGCCUCGCCGCUGAACAUGUCAACCACCACGGCGUCCGGCGGCGGAUCUCCCUCCGACCACUUCGAAACGCCGAUGCUGGACAAGGAGUCCCCUGCCCUCCUCCACACCAUCUGCGAGCACGGCGGCUACGCCUACGUCAGCAUGGCGGCGCUCGCGGCAUCCGGCGACAUUCGUGCGGCGGAGGCCGCAAGGGAGAUGGCGUGGGAGCAGCUUCACUCGGGGCCGUGGCACUCGGUGCUGCCGGUGUGGCGCGACGCGUACUCGAUGGCGUGUUUGCACGUGGCGAGGCACCACUACUGCAACGGCGAGUUCAAGGAGGCGCUUAGGGCUUUGGAUAUGGGGAUCAUCAUGGGAGGGCCGCUCCUCAGAAAGGAUUUGGACUCUGCCAUUGAAAAGGUCUCGGAGAAAGCUUGGUGCGUUAGGGUUUCUGAAAGAAGCAAUCAAGAUUUUGGAAACUCUGAGCAUCCACUCGUUGAUCACGAGUUUGAUGUUUCUAAGGUGCUCCAACUUUUACCUGUUAAGUCACUUUCCUCUAAGCUUGUGGUGAAGAGGUCGUCGCUGUCAUUGGAAAAGUUCUUGCAAGAUCAUUACCUGUCUGGCUCCCCAGUCAUCAUCAGUGAUUGUAUGUCUCACUGGCCAGCCAAGGCUAAAUGGAAUAAUAUGGAUUACUUGCUUAGAGUUGCUGGUGACCGCACAGUUCCUGUUGAGGUUGGUAAGAACUAUAUAUGUGCGGAUUGGAAGCAAGAGCUAAUUACAUUUUCAGAGUUUCUUGAGCGGAUAAAGUCUCACGGCUGUUCUCCUGGUGGUCCUACAUAUCUUGCUCAGCACCCAUUAUUUGAUCAGAUACAUGAGCUACGGAAAGAUAUCCUUAUUCCUGACUAUUGUUUUACUGGCGGAGGUGAGCUAAGAUCUCUCAAUGCUUGGUUUGGUCCGGCUGGAACAGUAACCCCUUUACACCAUGAUCCACAUCAUAACAUACUAGCUCAGGUUGUUGGGAAAAAAUACAUUAGGCUUUAUUCAGCAUCUUUGUCUGAUGAACUUUUCCCCUACUCGGAGACCAUGCUUUGCAACUCCAGCCAGGUUGAUUUAGAUGACGUAGAUGAGAGCAAGUUUCCUAAGGUGCAAGACCUGGAGUUUGUAGACUGUAUUUUGGAGGAAGGGGAAAUGUUAUACAUUCCACCAAAAUGGUGGCACUAUGUGCGGUCUUUAACUACCAGUUUAUCAGUCAGCUUUUGGUGGAGCAGCGAGGAUGAAAGUUCAGCUGCAUCCUAACGUCGCAUCUAUGUGAUGUUUACAUUUUCUUCUUUCAUGGUGGAGAACUAAGCAUGUUCUAGUAGCGUUGCUAAUACCUCUGUGCCAGGUCAUUUUAUUUCCCAAUGAUUGUUGAGCACUCUUGCAUGAUUAUCAUUUUUGGCGCUUGUUGCCAUCAUUAUAAACUAAUGUAAAAGGAAAAUGUGCAAUUUAGAGCUGUUGAGGCAGCCAUUUGCAUAUUUGAUGCACUUAAUUUCUGAUCAUUUAAGUUUUAUGAAACCGAACAGUGAACUUAUCUGA